AUGCAGACCGUUACAGAAUGCGCUGACAAAACUCCGUUCGCGCCUACCGAUCUCCCGGUCGACCUAUACACCCAUUUGAACUUUGGAUUCGCACUGAUUAAUGAUGCGGGUUUGAUUGUGUCCCAACACGAGGAUGACCUGCCCCUUUAUAAGGAGAUGAACGACCUCAAGGCCAAGAAGCCAUCCUUACGCACUGCCAUCACCAUUGGCGGCUGGGAUAUGAAGAUGGAGCAUUAUUCAGCUAUGGUCUCGUCAGCCGAGAACCGCCAAAAGUUCAUCAACUCGGCCAUCGCCUUUGUCCGCGAGCAUGGAUUUGAUGGCCUUGAUUUUGACUGGGAAUACCCUGCUGAUCCGAAGCGUGGAGGCCGCGAUGCUGAUCCUGAGAACUUUGUUACUUUCAUGAUGGAGAUGAGGGCAGCUGCAAAUGCGGAGGUACUUAAGGAUAAGCAGGAGCGACUGAUUCUGAGCAUUGCUCUGCCUGGAGGACCCUUCCACGGCGACUACUUCCACGUUCCAAAACUUGCUGAAUAUGCUGAUUGGUUCAACAUCAUGGCGUAUAACCUUCAUGGUCCUUGGGAGUCCAUGGUCUAUUGCGCUGCGCCCUUGAGCGAUCCUGCCAAGGACACAGAAUACAAUGGAUACUCUCUCGUCGAUGCCGUCACCUCCAUGGCCCCCAAGACUGUCAACCCCCGCAAGUUCAACCUCGGACUCUCGCUCUCGGGGGUCAGCUUCACCCUCAAAGAUACGACGCUCACUGAGCCUGGAGCACCUGCCGUGGGACCUGGCAAGGAAGGAUGCCAAGAACAAGGCGCCAUGUCGUACUUUGAGGCCAAGACAAUUGUCAGUGGCACUAGUAUUGCCGACACGAAUGCAACACAGCGUCAGGUUACCCAGGCCCCCAAGAUGGACGACGUUAGCAAGUGUAUGUACAUGGUCGUCGAUAACGACCAGUGGAUUGGCUAUGACACUCCUGAGACCUUUGCGUACAAGGUCAAUUACCUGAAGGACUAUGGUUUUGGCGGUGUCAGUAUCUGGUCCAUGGAUAGCGACACAAAGAAUCACGAGUUGACAAGAUCAAUUCGCGACACCUUAGACAAAGGAUUCGUGCAGAACCUACCCACAAACAUGAGCACGAAGGAUCCCAUACCUGGCCCUUCCAGCACGACUUUACCCAACGAAAGCAAACCCGAGUCCAAGGGGCCAAUCAGCAGUGGCACGCGCAUCCAGGUCAAGAUCGCUUCGCUGCUGGCGCUGGUUGCCCUCGGCGGAGCUGUAUUUGCGUAA